GUCAAAUAAAUACGAUUCACAAUUCAUCGCCACUGAAAACAAAUUCAAAUGGAAUGAAAUUUGGUCAAAGAAGCAAAAGAUCCCAGAAACAGAGUAAUCGUUUGAUACUCCCAAAAUAUUUAAGGAUUCCAAUUCGCCAAACGAAAUAUGGAAUCUCCAAAGAAAAAACCCAAAUCAUCAGCUCGAAAUAACGAAUGUGAAACAUCUGACAGUGAUAAUAGUUACACUGAAGAUGAAGACGAUGAUGAUGAGAGCUGCUCCGACGAGGACGAUGAUGUUAUUAGUUCAGAUGAUCCCGACCAAUUCCAUUCCGAAGAAUUCGAUUUCGAUUACUUGGCUAGUGUUGUCAAAGUGUUGGAAGAUCAUGCUGAAGUCAAUAUGGAAAAUUCAAUUGUUCUCAAUCGAAAAUUACAAGAAACAAUGGAAGAAUUACGAAUUAAAGUUGUUUCAAUGCUCAACAAGUGUCGCGAAAUAUACGAAGAGAAUCAACAAAAACUUGCCAAUCCAUUAACCAUGACAUCUUAUUUAAAAGGCAUUGGAAGUUGUGGUAGACCGUUUUUUAAAGACAAAACUGGCAGACGUUGCCCGCCAAAUCCAGAUUACAAGUAUCGCAGUGAGAUUGAAAAAGAAUUCUUCCCUAGUGAUUUGGAACUGUAUCCACAUUUCACCUGGACUGCUAGAGAUAAAGUCGGAAUACUACAAGGGAUCAAGGAACAGGCUAUUGAGUACAUCGAACGAAAGGAAUCAUACGAAAAAAAACUUGCCAAAACUACUCCUUUAAGUAAAAAAGUUAAACUACAUUCAUUGAAACUCAAUAAACUCCUAGACAAAGUCGAUAAUGACUUUGAAAUUGAUUGGAAUCAAAUAUCAGUACACAAUUUGGGUUCACGUCAUACAGCAAAUAGUUGUUUAGCAAGUUGGAAUGCAUAUUUAAAGCCCGAAAUCAAUCGUGAUGAAUGGACAGAAGAGGAGAAUAUUAAACUUAACGAACUUGCAAAGAAAUAUCAAUUUCAGGAUUGGAUUGCGAUAGCAUCAGAAAUGCCACGUAGAUCUGAUUAUCAAUGUUUUGUUCAAUAUCAGACUGUGGUGUCGAUUAAAAUGCGUGAAGAUAAAGGCGAACGCUGGACUAAGGAAGAGGAUGAUUUAUUAUUGUCGCUUGUAGAAAAAUAUAGUAUGGGCAAUGUAAUAAGAUGGAAUCCAAUAUGUUCACAGCUGCCAAAUCGUACGAAAAAGCAGUGCUUUGCGCGUUGGAAAUAUAGUAUUAAUCCUAACAUUUCAAGAGCUCUAUUUACGCCCGAAGAAGAUUGCAUUAUUCUAGCCGCUGUCGAAGAGUUUGGCGAAAACUUCAAUUGUUUUCCCAAAGAUCUAUUUCCUAAUCGAACAGUUGUCCAAAUCCGCAACAGAUAUAACAAUUCAAUUAAAUCCCGCGGCACAACCCGUCACUGGUCACCCGAAGAUGACCGAUUGCUACUUGAUCUUAUAGCAAAAUAUGGUGAACACGAUUGGAAAAAUAUUUCCGCCUCAAUAGAAAGUCACACUCGAACCAGUUGUCGUACCCGCUAUUUAACUAUUGCAAAAUUUUUCAAAGACAACCCCGAUGCCACUGUUGAAGACAUUCCUAGAAAAAAACGUAAAGCCCGAUCGAAUGUUACUAAAAAUAAUUGGGUAGAAACAAUCACAGGUUUAACAGAAUCAAAUCCAGUCAAAGAACCUGUGGAAAAUCCUAGCUUAUAUCGAUCCAGAUUACGUCACAAUGAAAUACAGUGGUAUAAUUUUUUGAAAUACUCAUAUGACUUUAGAUUCGGUGAAGGUUAUAGCAAAGUUCCUAAAUGCUUGGCAAGUUUAGAGUUUGUUCGAAAUGUUUUCGAAUGCAAAUUAAAUAUGCCAGUUGUACUUAAAAAGGGGUAUGCUAAGGGUUUUGUACCGGUGAGCUUGGAGAAACUUAUACGACUCCAUGAUCAAGAUGAAAAAACUUUAGUUUUCGAGAGACCUGAUGUUGGUUUUAAAUUACCACCUAGUUACAGCACUCUUUUAGCGUUUCGAGGACUCUGUAUACAAGCUUCGUUCAAUGGUAAUGAAGAUAGAGUUGAGGCAAGCAACAUUAAACUACCUAUCAAUGUGAUUGAAGCAAGAAAUAAGUUCCGCCAACGACUUAUAAGUCUUUUAUAUAAAACAACUCUUCUAAGUCGACUUGAGCCGAAGACUUCCGUAGAGCACAAUACAUUCGAAGUGAUUUUCGAUGCAAGCACUCAAAUGGGUCAGGCUGCCGCUAUUAAUUUGGCUGAAUUGAAAGUAGCUCAAAUGAAUAAAUUAGCUGAAAAUCUUAAAAUAGCCCAACAGAAAGCAGAUAAAAAUAGACAAUACAAAGAAAAGUUAAAAAGAAUGGAAAAGAAAAAGAAUCAAAACGAUCAAAAUAACGACAUCACAAAUAACAUAAGCCAGCAACAGCCAAAACAAGAAAAUGCUCACAUAAAUGAUCAAAUACAAAUCAUAGAUGAAUCACAGCACAAAGAUGUUUCACCACUCAUAACUCCUGUUAAUCAAUCGAGAAUUGUCGAACUGAGAGAUGAACAGAAUUUAAUAAUUAACUUAGAUAAUUCUUUUCAACUAAAUUCACAGCAACAGCCACAAGAGAUUAUAAUAGAUUUAGAAAACUCCUCUAAAACACAGUCAUUACAACAAUCUAACGAUUUUAUAAUAGAAUUAGAAAUGCCCUCCCAAUCGAUAACAGAAGAACCACCUGUCUACGAAACUUUAACAGUAGCAGAUCCAAAUAUCGAUACUAAACAUUUUCCUAAAUAUAAAAGUUUUGCAACACAAAAAGCGAAUAGAAAAAGAACAUUUGAAGAAAGUUUAAUCAUAAUGGAAGAAUCAUCUCAGUCGCAGAUAUUUGAAUCAGCGGCAAAAAUAGUAAAACGUGAAAAAGAAUAAAUUAUUAUUUAGAAAGUA